UUGGUCCGGUGGACCGGUUGGACCACCGGCCAGUUGGUCCUGUGGACCGGUUGGACCAACCGGCCUGUUGGUCCUGUGGACCGGUUGGACCAACCGGCCAGUUGGUCCUGUGGACCGGUUGGACCAACCGGCCAGUUGGUCCUGUGGACCGGUUGGACCAACCGGCCAGUUGGUCCUGUGGACCGGUUGGACCAACCGGCCUGUUGGUCCUGUGGACCGGUUGGACCAACCGGCCAGUUGGUCCUGUGGACCGGUUGGACCAACCGGCCUGUUGGUCCUGUGGACCGGUUGGACCAACCGGCCUGUUGGUCCUGUGGACCGGUUGGACCAACCGGCAGGUUGGUCGUGUGGACCGGUUGGACCAACCGGCCAGUUGGUCCUGUGGACCGGUUGGACCAACCGGCCUGUUGGUCCUGUGGACCGGUUGGACCAACCGGCCAGUUGGUCCUGUGGACCGGUUGGACCAACCGGCCAGUUGGUCCUGUGGACCGGUUGGACCAACCGGCUAGUUGGUCCUGUGGACCGGUUGGACCAACCGGCCAGUUGGUCCUGUGGACCGGUUGGACCAACCGGCCAGUUGGUCCUGUGGACCGGUUGGACCAACCGGCCUGUUGGUCCUGUGGACCGGUUGGACCAACCGGCCAGUUGGUCCUGUGGACCGGUUGGACCAACCGGCCGGUUGGUCGUGUGGACCGGUUGGACCAACCGGCCAGUUGGUCCUGUGGACCGGUUGGACCAACCGGCCUGUUGGUCCUGUGGACCGGUUGGACCAACCGGCCUGUUGGUCCUGUGGACCGGUUGGACCAACCGGCCAGUUGGUCCUGUGGACCGGUUGGACCAACCGGCAGUUGGUCCUGUGGACCGGUUGGACCAACCGGCCAGUUGGUCCUGUGGACCGGUUGGACCAACCGGCCAGUUGGUCCUGUGGACCGGUUGGACCAACCGGCCUGUUGGUCCUGUGGACCGGUUGGACCAACCGGCCAGUUGGUCCUGUGGACCGGUUGGACCAACCGGCCAGUUGGUCCUGUGGACCGGUUGGACCAACCGGCCAGUUGGUCCUGUGGACCGGUUGGACCAACCGGCCUGUUGGUCCUGUGGACCGGUUGGACCAACCGGCCUGUUGGUCCUGUGGACCGGUUGGACCAACCGGCCAGUUGGUCCUGUGGACCGGUUGGACCAACCGGCCAGUUGGUCCUGUGGACCGGUUGGACCAACCGGCCAGUUGGUCGUGUGGACCGGUUGGACCAACCGGCGUGUUGGUCCUGUGGACCGGUUGGACCAACCGGCUAGUUGGUCCUGUGGACCGGUUGGACCAACCGGCCAGUUGGUCCUGUGGACCGGUUGGACCAACCGGCCAGUUGGUCCUGUGGACCGGUUGGACCAACCGGCUUGUUGGUCCUGUGGACCGGUUGGACCAACAGCCUGUUGGUCCUGUGGACCGGUUGGACCAACCGGCCAGUUGGUCCUGUGGACCGGUUGGACCAACCGGCCAGUUGGUCCUGUGGACCGGUUGGACCAACCGGCCAGUGGUCCGGUGGACCGGUGGACCAACCGGCCAGUUGGUCUUGUGGACCGGUUUGGACCAACCGGCCUGUUGGUCCUGUGGACCGGUUGGACCAACCGGCCAGUUGGUCCUGUGGACCGGUUGGACCAACCGGCCAGUUGGUCCGGUGGACCGGUUGGACCAACCGGCCAGUGGUCCUGCUGGACCGGUUGGACCAACCGGCCUGUUGGUCCUGUGGACCGGUUGGGACCAACCGGCCAGUUGGUCCUGUGGACCGGUUGGACCAACCCGGCCAGUUGGUCCUGUGGACCGGUUGGACCAAUCGGCCAGUUGGUCCUGUGGACCGGUUGGACCAACCGGCCUGUUGGUCCUGUGGACCGGUUGGACAACCGGCCUGUUGGUCCUGUGGACCGGUUGGACCAACCGGCCUGUUAG